AUGUUUCGACAAAAUGACGCUCCUCCGAGUCAAUCUACCCAGCCGGACAAACAAGCCCACUUAAAGGCAGAGUAUGACUAUCGUUCCGAUGGUCAUGAUUCCAAUGAAGGUAAGCCUGCGGUAAUCUUACUUGAAGGUCGACAGAAAGAUUUGGUCACUCAGCGCAUUCUCGAGGAACAAGAGUUAGAAUCGCUGGAGAAGGCGAAGAUCAAACAACUCGAAGAAAAUGGAUGGAAGUUCACAAGCGACACUGCUGGAAAGAUGUGCUUGAAAAUCCAGGAUAAAGACAUGAGCACUUUCAUUGAAUGCAAUAAAUUUGCGAGAGAUUACAAGAAAGCUAUUCGAGCUGACCCACGAGCAGAUAUGAGAAAGAAAAGCGCACCUGCUUUUAGCCCACAUUCUUUGCUGACACCAGAUAAGAAAGCACAGCACUUGAAAAGAUUGGUUGGAUUGUUGGCAUCAAAAAACAAAUAUGCCCAAUACUGGUCAAUUAGAGAUUUUCCGGAUGAAUGGUUCAAGAUCGACAAUGCCAUUUUAUGUUCGAAAGAUGAACAAGAGGUGUUGUUAAGGGAGGCUGAAAAGAAAAAGAAAACCCUGGACAAGUCGAAUAAUAGUAAGUUAGAAGUUGGUUGGAAAUCAGAACGCCGAGCGCCAGUUGAUGGGAUCGAAAAGAGAAGGAAACUUUCUGUGGAUAAGCCACAAAAUAACAAAGUCGAAAUUGACGGGAAACUCAAAGAUGAGCGCCGGGUGCAAAUAGAUGAGACUGAAAGGGACAUGAAGCCCGUUUUGGAUAAGCCAAAGACUAGAAAAGUCGAAAUUGAUGGGAGAUCAAAAGAUGAGCACCUGGCGCAAAUAGAUGAUGCUGAGAAGAAAAAGAAGGCUCCUGAGAGGUCAAGAAAUGCUAAAGUAGAGGGUGAUGAGAAAUUCAAAGACUCACGCCGAGUAGCAAUAGAUGAUGGGGUCGAAAGGAAAAAGAAGAGUGCCCUUGGGAAUUCAAGAAAUGGCAAGGUAGAAGUUGACGGACCUGAACCUAGAGAACAACACCGACUGCCAAUGAAUGAAGUCGAGAAAAAGAAGAAGGGUAACGAGAAGUCGAAAAACGGCAGGCUAGAGAUUGACGGGAAACUCCGAGAUAAUAAUGUGCUACCAAAAAAGAGGCAUGGAAGCCAGUAA